AUGCCUAAAAGGGAAAUUGAAGAUACACAAUCACCUUAUUCCAGUACCGGACUUGUUAGUACUGGUGAAAGUCCAAAAACAUCUACAAGUACCCCAACAUCUUCCACUAAUAACAGAGCUGCCACUACCACCACCAAUAAUACUUCUACUACUUCUACUAGUCUACUAAAAUCUAAUUCAAAUUUACAACCUAUUGCCAUGACACCGUCUGUUUCUUCAACAUCAUUGGCAAUUAAUAAACCCAAAUCUCAAGAGAAUAAAAGAAGAAGAGUCACACGAGCUUGUGAUACUUGUCGUCAGAAAAAAGUGAAAUGUGAUGGUAAACAACCUUGUAUUCAUUGUACGGUAUAUUCAUAUAAAUGCAGUUAUGAUCAACCUAAUAUUAGAAAUAAGAAAAAUUCAGGUAUACCAAUUCCUUCCCAACCAAGUCCUGCAAUACUACAAGUAGCUGCACAAGCAGCAGUUGCCUUUGGUUCCAACAACAAUAGUAGUAAUCAACAACUGCUACAACUGCUACAACAACAACAACAACAUGUGGUACACCAACACCAACACCAGCCUUUACCUGCUGAUGAACCUAUUCCUAAAACAAAUUUAAUAAUUUUCCAACAAAUUAUCAAUGCAUUAUUACCUAAAUUACAAUUGAAUGGAUUUGAUCCAAAUUUACAAUUUGAUUUAAAUAAAUUUCAAAAAGUCGUUCAAUAUGUCAUGUCAAAAUCACAAACUUUUACCUUGAAUCUUAAUGAAAUUACAGAAUUAAUGCAAGAUCCAGAUUCACAAAUACCGCCACCGCCUCCGGCUUCUUCUUCUUCUUCUCACCAUCGUCGUACAUUAUCAGUUGGAUCAUUCGAUGACUCUUCUAAUAGUGCUGUAUCGUCACCUCGUGAAGUUGGAUUACAUUUACCUUCGAAAGAAGUAGCCUUGAAUUUAAUUUAUACUACUUGGAAUAAAGCAUGUGUUUUAUUUAGAUUUUAUCAUCGUCCUUCUUUAUUAGAAGAAGUGGAUUUAUUAUAUUCUUUAGAUCCCAUGAAUUAUGGUGAUCGACAACAAAAAUUUCUUCCAUUUUUAUAUUCUAUAUUAGCAUGUGGAUCUUUAUUUAGUAAAACUCCUUAUACAAUGGGGACUCCUUCAGAAAAUGAAAAAAAUUUAGAAGAUGAUGGAUUUAAAUAUUUUCUUGAAGCAAGAAAAUUGAUUGAUAUAAGUAAUGUUGGAGAUAUUAAUUCAAUUCAAACGGUAGUAAUGAUGAUUAUUUAUUUACAAUGUUCAGCAAGAUUAUCUACUUGUUAUUCAUAUAUUGGUAUAGCAUUAAGAAGUGCCCUUAAGGAAGGUUUGCAUCGAAAUUUAACUUUAUUUCAAAAUUCCAAAAAAAAAUUGGACCCGAUAGAAGAGGACACAAGGAAAAGAUUAUUUUAUACCAUUUAUAAAAUGGAUAUUUAUAUUAAUUCAUUAUUAGGAUUACCUCGAUCAUUAAAUGAAGAUGAAUUUGAUCAAUUAUUACCAGUUGAAUUAGAUGAUGAAAAUGUCACCCGAACUGAAUAUUUAUUUGAUAAACAACAAGGUCGAUUAAGUUCUUCUGGAUGUGCUAAUCAACAUACGAAAUUGAUGUUUAUAUUAUCACAUAUUAUUAAAAAAAUGUAUCCUAUAAAAGUGAAACCUGAAGAAGCAGAAAAUUCUUCUAAUGUCAAUUAUUCACGUGAUAGAAUUCAUGCUAAAGUUACUGAAUUAGAAGUUGAAUUAAAAAAUUGGUUAGAUAAUUUACCUCAAGAAUUAAAACCAAUUGAUCCAAGUAGUACUACUAAAGAUGUUAUUGAUGAAGUACCAGAAAAAUUCCGAUUAGCUAAUUAUUAUCUUCAUUUAGCAUUUUUAAAUUGUCAAAUUAUAUUAUAUCGACCAUUUAUUCAUUUUAUUAGUGAUAGUAUGGAUGGAUCAUCAUCCGAUCCUCGCUCAUUAAUUCGUGGAAGAAAUUGUAUUAAAGUGGCUAGAAUGGUAGUUAAAUUAGCUAAUAAAAUGAUUGAUCAUAAGUUAUUAUUAGGAACUUAUUGGUUUUCAAUGUAUACAAUAUUUUUCAGUAUUGCUUGUUUAAUUUAUUAUUUCCAUUUUGCUAAUUAUAAUAAUAAUGGUCAAGGAUUUAAUUAUGCUGGGAUUUUAUUUGAUGAUGAUUUAAAUAUUGAUAUGAUUAAAAAAGAUAUUGAAAUUGGGAAAAAAGUUUUAGAUAAUUUGAAAAAUUCAUCUAAUAGUUCAUUAAGAAUUUAUAAUAUUUUGAAUACUAUGUUUGAACAAUUGAAUAGAAGAACUGCUUCAAGAUCAAGACAAGUUACUGCUACAACCAAUUCAACUACAACAACUGCUAAUACAAAUUCUAAUUCUAAUUCUAAUUCACAACCAACUACAUUACCAGCUAAUUUCCAAAAUGUAAAUGUUAAAAAUACUUUUGAAAAUUUUGAUAAUAUGAAUCAUUUUGUUAAAAAAGAACGAGAAAGAGAAAGAGAAAGUUUAAGUCAAUUAUUUGAUAAUACAUCAAUGGCUAAAUUUGAAUCAAGUUCAGAAAUUCCAAAAAAUGUUGCUAAUAUUCAAAGAGUAGCUACUCCAUUAGAAGAAAAUAAUAAAGAAAUUGGUGAAGUUUCUGGUGGUAAUUUAACAUCAAAUUAUAUGCCUGGAGUAUUUGAUAAAUUAGAUACACAAAUUUUUGGUAAAAUAUUACCUCCUUAUAUGUUAGAAAAGAAUGAAACCAUGAAUUAUAACAGCAACAACAACAACAGCAACAAUGUUAAUAAUAAUUUCAAUAAUAAUAAUAAUGCUGGCGAAGUUAAUAAUAAUAGUAAUGGUGUGGCUUAUAAUAAUAAUGCUGCUAAUUGGCCACUAAAUAAUGCUGAAGAUGGAUUAAAUUUAGAAGAUUUAUUUGGAACUUUAGGCAAUAAUGGAAAUGGAGGGACUAGUAGUUCUAAUGGAUUAGAAUAUUUAGAUCCAUUUUAA